ACACUCCCUCAGCGAGCAGCCGGGGCGCACGGACCGCCGGACUGCCGGACCCUCACGCGGACCGUGCUGCUAGCGGGGUGCAGGCACUGGGCGUUGACUGUCAGCCCCAGCCCUUCCCGCCCCGUCGCGCCCCGCCCCGUCCCGUCGGGGCCGAUGGCUCCUCCCGAGGUCCGCAGCCCGGGGGGCGCAGGAUAGAGCGCCGCGGCCCGGCCACGAAGCCCGGGGACUCCCGGGCCCUCCCGGAGCCCCGCGGGGUCCCCGCCGUGCGUCCGGCGGGCUCAGGAAGCGAGUGGGAGCGCCCUCCCCCCGCCACCCCCUCCCCAGAGCGUCGAGACAAGAUGCUGCCCGCGCUUAGGCGCCUGCUGCAAGCUCCCGCCUCGGGCUGCCUCCUGUUCAUGCUCCUGGCGCUGCCCCCAGCAGCUGCCAGCUGUCCCAUGCUCUGUACCUGCUACUCGUCCCCGCCCACUGUGAGCUGCCAGGCCAACAACUUCUCCUCCGUGCCGCUGUCCCUGCCGCCCAGCACACAGAGGCUCUUCCUGCAGAACAACCUUAUUCGCACACUGCGGCCGGGCACCUUCGGGCCCAACCUGCAGACCCUGUGGCUCUUUUCCAACAACCUCUCCACUAUCUACCCGGGCACCUUCCGCCACCUGCAAGCUCUGGAAGAGCUGGACCUCGGUGACAACCGGCACCUGCGCUCCCUGGAGUCUGAUACCUUCCAGGGCCUGGAGCGGCUGCAGUCACUGCAUCUGUACCGCUGCCAGCUCAGCAGCCUGCCCGGCAACAUCUUCCGAGGCCUGGUCAGCCUGCAGUACCUCUACCUCCAGGAAAACAGCCUGCUCCACCUACAGGAUGACCUGUUCGCUGACCUGGCCAACCUGAGCCACCUCUUCCUCCACGGGAACCGCCUGCGGCUGCUCACGGAACACGUGUUCCGCGGCCUGGGCAGCCUGGACCGGCUGCUGCUGCACGGCAACCGGCUGCAGGGCGUGCACCGCGCGGCCUUCCGCGGCCUUAGCCGCCUCACCAUCCUCUACCUGUUCAACAACAGCCUGGCCUCGCUGCCGGGCGAGGCGCUCGCGGACCUGCCGGCGCUGGAGUUCCUGAGGCUCAACGCCAACCCCUGGGCGUGCGACUGCCGCGCGCGGCCGCUCUGGGCCUGGUUCCAGCGCGCGCGCGUGUCCAGCUCCGACGUGACCUGCGCCACCCCCCCAGAGCGCCAGGGCCGAGACCUGCGCGAGCUGCGCGAGGCCGACUUCCAGGCGUGCCCUCCGGCGGCUCCCACGCGGCCCGGCAGCCGCGCCCGCGGCAACAGCUCUUCCAACCACCUGUACGGGGUGGCCGAGGCCGGGGCGCCUCCAGCCGACCCCUCCACUCUCUACCGAGACCUGCCCGCCGAAGACUCGCGGGGGCGCCAGGGCGGGGACGCGCCCACCGAGGACGACUACUGGGGGGGCUACGAGGGAGAGGACCAGCGUGGGGAGCAGACGUGCCCCGGCGCAGCUUGCCAGGCGCCCCCGGACUCCCGCGGCCCUGCGCUCUCAGCCGGGCUCCCCAGCCCUCUGCUUUGCCUCUUGCUCCUGGUUCCCCAUCACCUCUGACUGCGGUGCUGAGGCUGAAGAGGCCGGUGUCCAGUCCCCACACCUCCCACCCAGAGCUGCCCCCCACCCCCUGCCGACUUGCUCCCUUUCUUCCACCGCCUCUCCCCUCCCCCUCCUCCUCCUCCCCCCACCAGGCCACCUCUCCCUACCUCCUGGGCUGUCCUGACUUAGGACGCUCCAAGGGGGCUUGUAUGGUAGCUCAGCCCUGUUCUCCCCAACUCUGGCCAUUGAAUCUUCCCCAUCCCAAGGCUGGGGUGGGGCACCCCAGGCAACCGCUGACCCCUCUUCCAGGGCCCACAGUGGACGCCAGCUGGACACUGGCGCUGCACAGCAUCUUCCACCAGCAGAGCCUUUGGAAGCUCCCCCAGGGGAGCCCCUCUCCGGACCCUUUGGAGGGACGCCUCAGUCAGGGCCAGGCUGACCCUGGGCUGCUGCUUAUCCUAGCCCCUCGACCUCCUGACACUGGAGGAAUACUUUUCUCCUAAGUCUACUCUGGACACUUUUAGGGCGCCUGGAGAGAACUUUCCUCUCCACUAUGGCCCCUGUGUGGUGAAGAUCAAAAGAAGUUGUUUGGGAAAACAAAAAUUUAUUAAAAAGUUCUAUUAUUUUA